UAGCCAGUAGCAGCCUAGUACUACAACUGCAAGGUCGGCCUAGAGGGUCAAGAGAUCGUUCGAUCACACACUGACCGAUCGAUCACUGCGACUGCGUGCCUGUUCGAUCGGCGCCUAGCUCGGUCUAAGGCUCUAAGCAGAAGCAAGCAUGGUCACCAUGGGCAAGAAGGUAGACCAAGAACAGAGCUACUACAGCGACUGGGCGCACAUCGACCACGGCGUCGACGCCGACGGCCGCGCCACGGAGCUGCGGCCGCUGGCGCUGUCACGGCCGCACACGCAGGCGUUCCACCUCGCCUGGCUCUCCCUCUUCGCCUGCUUCUUCGCCGCCUUCGCCGCGCCGCCCAUCCUCCCGGCGCUGCGCCCGGCGCUCGUCCUCGCGCCCUCCGACGCCUCCGCGGCCGCCGUCGCCUCGCUCUCCGCCGCCCUCGUCGGGCGCCUCGCCAUGGGCCCCGCCUGCGACCUCCUCGGCCCGCGCCGGGCGUCCGGGGUCGCCAGCCUCGUCUGCGCGCUCGCGCUCGCCCUUGCCGCCGUGUACGCGUCCUCGCCCGCGGGCUUCGUCGCGCUGCGCUUCUGUGCGGGCCUCUCGCUCUCCAACUUCGUCGCCAACCAGCACUGGAUGUCCCGCAUCUUCGCGCCCUCCGGCGUCGGCCUCGCCAACGCCGUGGCCGCGGGCUGGGCCAACGUCGGCAGCGCCGCCGCGCAGGUCGUCAUGCCGCUCGCCUACGACCUCAUCGUGCUCCGCCUCGGCGUGCCCAUCACCGUCGCGUGGCGCGUCGCCUACCUUAUCCCGUGCGCAAUGCUCAUCGCCACCGGCCUCGCCGUGCUCGCCUUCCCAUACGAUCUCCCGAGCGGCUGCACCUACGCUGGAGGCGCCAAAGGGGAGGGCUUCUGGAAGGUGGUGCGAGGAGGAGUCUCCGACUAUCGGGCGUGGGUGCUGGCGCUCACCUACGGCUACUGCUACGGCGUGGAGCUCAUCAUGGAGAACGUGGCCGCCGACUUCUUCCGCAGGCGGUUCCGGCUGCCCAUGGAGGCUGCGGGCGCCGCCGCGGCAUGCUUCGGCGUGAUGAACACCGUGGCGCGGCCGGCGGGAGGGGUAGCGUCCGACGUGGUUGGAAGGCGUUUCGGUAUGCGGGGGAGGCUGUGGGCGUUGUGGGCCGUGCAGAGCACCGGUGCGGUCCUCUGCGUUAUGGUCGGCAGGAUGGGCGCCACGGAGGCUCCGUCGCUGGCGGCCACGAUGGCGGUGAUGGUGGCGUGCGGGGCGUUCGUGCAGGCCGCCUCGGGGCUUACCUUCGGCAUCGUUCCCUUUGUCUCCAAGAGGUCGAUGGGCGUGGUGUCUGGUAUGACGGCGAGCGGCGGGGCUGUCGGCGCGAUCGUGACAAACCGGUUGUUCUUCAGCAGCUCCAGGUACACGGUGGAGGAGGCCAUCUCCUUCACCGGCCUCACCAGCCUCCUUUGCACUCUCCCUGUGGCGCUCAUCUAUUUCCCACGCUUGGGAGGAAUGCUUUGCGGCCCCUCGGAAUCUGACACCGUCGACCAUGAUGGUCACGACGACGACGAUGAUGUAAACAAGGAUGAUGAUUACAUGCUUCUAAAAUGAUGUGGCAGCUGGGUAGCUCAGCCUGUAAAUAUAAGGAUAGCUGGAUAGGUACAUGCUUCUGAAAUGGAAAUGGAAAUGGAAAGGAAAACUCCACACAAUCUCUCAA